AUGAACAACGAAGAUUAUGACAUGGAUGAUGAUGGAAACGUACCAAGUGUUUUGUUGUCCAUUCAAGACUUUGCACUGGACGAAGAAGUGCAGCGCAGCGUGAGAGACUUCCGUGACGCUAUGCCUAGUGUCCGUGCGCAGUGGCAAAAGCUUUGCCAUUCAAAUUUUGCUCCGCUGUGUCUCGAUGUGCUGCAGCGUAUGAACAACGGGACGCUGGACCUUGUGUUGUCAGGCAAGAGUCUUGUUUACCGCGGCAAAUUUACGAAUCCUCCUCCGGCUUUGCUUGCGUUGCUGAGUGCGAUGACGGUCGAGCAGAGUCCUGGGAGGUCCGCCAUUCCCUCAAGCAAUACAAAUCUAGUCGAUAGCAUGUGGCAGAUAAUGAGUUCAGCGAUCAAGAGCAGCACUUCCCAGCACCUGGCGCCGCUUUUCGGAGAAUGCCCGCUUGAUAUAACGACGGUGCCGUUGCAGGUGCUCCUUAUUUUCAACGUCAUCUAUUCUCACAUGCUUUUGGGACUUGACGAUGAGGCAUUUUACGAUGGGCAAUGGCCACUUCGUUUUUUUAAUGGCAACAAUGCACUACCGACUGGCACCAUGGACGAAAGAGACCUCGUGAGAUUCGCUGUGGUUGUGACAUCCGUUAAGCUGUUCAGCCAGCUCUAUGAUCGGGAUUGUCGGCAUCGUUUCAUGCCUGAUGGCGCGUGGUUGUGGCCUUUGAUGCCUACGAUCAGGAAAGUUGUGGACCUUGAACUGAUGAAUGAGGAUGGUCCUCACGGUGCGGACGCGACCUACAUGCUGAUGAAUGGGAAAACGCCUUCUCCGUACGCACGUGCAGCGCUGAUCCUUGUCACGAUUCCGCAAGUUUUGUCGUUCAAUGAACGUAUCCAGCUUUUUCAAAAGUUGCUGGACGAUGCGAAGGCGCAAACAGGCAACACGCGCGACGAAUUUUCACGGGCUUUGCAGGUUCGCAUCCAACGCCAUGUCUCCUGCAGCCCUCAAGUCGCGCAUCAAGGUCACAUUUAUCAACGAGCAAGGAGUUCGACUUUUUUCCAGAAACGGAUGAUCAUCUCCUUUAUCCUAACUCAAGAGCUAAGUUCAUUGUGGACAACGCACAAAGAAGCGUUAGAAUGCUACCGAUUUCUGGGGCGACUCUUGGCGAAAGCUGUAUUUGAAAACAUUCUCGUAGAGCCACAGUUUGCCGCAUUUUUCCUCAACAAACUCUUAGGCAAGUUCAACUACAUUGAUGACUUGAACUCGUUGGACCCGGAGCUAUACACGUCGCUUAUGCGCCUGAAGCACUACGAUGGUAACGUGGAGGACCUAGCGCUGACUUUCAGUGUGAGCGAGGUGCAGUUAGAUAAAGUAGUGACACGAAAUCUCUUGCCGGACGGCUCGAAGGUCCCUGUUACGAAAGAAAAUCGGAUUCGAUACAUCCACUUGAUGGCGAACGAUAAGCUGAAUGUGUUGACAUCCAUUGAAUGUGCUGCGUUCCUAAUGGGUUUUCGUGACUUGAUCCCGGGGACAUGGAUUCAAAUGUUUGCACCUGCCGAGCUGCAGAUGCUAAUCGGCGGCACUGCCACCAAUAUCGACAUCGAUGACUGGGAGCGCCACACGCAAUACGGAGGUGGCCAUCACCCGUCCCAAAAAGUUAUCCAAGGUUUUCGAGAAAUCGUGAAGGAGGAUUUCACGCAUGAAGACCGUGCAGCGCUGCUCAAGUUUAUCACGAGUUGUUCCCGUCAACCUCUGCUUGGCUUUUUAAAAUUGGUGCCUCAUGCUCUACACCGACUUCUUCUCGACGCUCGUGCUACCCACGCGUCCGUCGUCGCAUCUCAGCGUAGCUGA